UAAGGACAGGGUGCGCUGACCGCUCAACACUUGGCGCUAACCGUGCAGAUUCCUGUACGGCAAUGCUGUUUAUGGCAUUCUGUCAAAAUUGAAAUAAAAGCGUUGGUGUUGGUGAAAAAGUGUGCUUUUGGCCAAAAAUGGCUGAGUAUUUGGCCUCUAUUUUUGGUACGGAAAAGGAUAAGGUAAAUUGUUCGUUUUACUUCAAGAUUGGCGCUUGCCGACACGGUGAUCGAUGUUCGCGAAUUCACAACAAACCGACGUUCUCUCAAACAUGCUUGCUACAGAAUCUCUAUGUGAACCCACAAAAUUCCGCCAAAUCGGCGGACGGAAGCCACUUGGUCGCCAAUGUGUCCGAUGAAGAGAUGCAAGAGCACUAUGACAACUUCUUUGAAGACGUGUUUGUCGAGUGUGAGGAUAAAUACGGGGAAAUCGAGGAAAUGAAUGUUUGUGAUAACUUGGGUGACCACCUUGUGGGAAAUGUAUAUAUUAAGUUUCGACGAGAGGAAGACGCUGAUAGGGCCGUGAACGAUUUAAACAAUCGUUGGUUUGGUGGUAGACCAGUUUACGCAGAACUUAGUCCUGUCACUGACUUUAGGGAAGCUUGCUGUCGUCAAUAUGAAAUGGGAGAGUGUACCAGAUCAGGGUUUUGUAAUUUUAUGCACUUGAAACCUAUUUCUAGAGAAUUAAGAAGAUAUUUAUAUUCCCGGAGGAAAUCUGGACGUAGGCGUUCCAGGUCCAGGUCGCCAAGGAGACGUUCUCGUUCGAGGGAACGAUCACCCCGCCAUAGAUCAGGACGCAGUGGACGUUAUUGAGUUUUGUGAAAUAUCAAUGUGUUUGCAUACAAAGUUAUAUAUUUUCUUAUAACAGUUGUGUUGAAUUUUAUACUUAAGAACAAGUCAUUGAAAAAUAUAUUUGUAAAAUUGCGUAGUUCAUAUCGUUUAGUGAAUGUUCAGUUUGUAUAAUAAAAAUUCCACAUUUUUCCGUUUCAUUGUUAAUUAAAAUGUUUAGAAUUAUGAAGUCCAUUAGUUUCUUCAUACAGUUUUGGUUGUGAAUUUCCUAAAUCAAUAAAAAUUAAUAUUUUGACAG